AUGCCCAAAGAGGAAGAAUUUGAAAUACUGAAGAAUUCACCGUUAAGUUCAGGAGAUCCUUUGGAUCUAGUCUGUAGCAGUCUUACACAUGCUUCAGUCCAUGGGGAUUUUCCUCAAAAUGAGCAAAGCACCUCAAGUUCACCACUAGCUCAGACCAAGUCAUAUCCCACCAGUAGUUACUGUGAAGCUGCAUUUGAAAUGGAGAGUACAGAUGAAGGUCCAAUUUAUAUAGCUGUACCUGACCCCAGUGUCCUGAAACAAGGACUCUUCAACCUGGUAGAUGCUGGAAAGGAAACACCCCAUGAUAUGGAUAUUGCCCCGAGGACAAUCAAUGAGUCAGAGUUUCAAGUGUCUGAGUUCAUCCUCAUGGGAUUCCCAGGCAUUCAUGAGUGGCAGGACUGGCUUUCCUUACCCAUGGUUCUGCUCUACCUCUUAUCUCUUGGUGCUAAUCUCCUUAUCUUAAUCACCAUUUUCCAUGAGCCUACCCUGCAUGAGCCCAUGUAUCAGUUCCUUGGUAUCCUGGAUGUAGUGGACAUUGGCCUGGCUACUACCAGCAUGCCCAAGAUUCUGGCAAUCCUGUGGUUUGAUGCUAAGACCAUCAGCCAACCUCAGUGUUUUGCUCAAAUGUAUGCUAUCAACUGUUUUAUGCUCAUGGAGUCAGGCAUCUUCCUCUGCAUGGCAGUAGAUAGAUAUGUAGCCAUAUGUUACCCCCUUCAGUAUCCCUUCAUUGUCACGGAAGCUUUUGUAAUCAAAGCCACACUGUCUAUUGUGCUCAGGAAUGGCCUGUUAACCAUCCUAGUGCCUAUACUGGCUGCCCAGAGAUACUAUUGCUCCAGAAAUGAAAUUGACCACUGUCUAUGCUCUAACUUAGGGGUCACUAGUCUGGCCUGUGAUAACAUCAUUAUUAACAAGCUUUAUCAACUGAUGUUGGCCUGGUUUGUGGCUGGAUGUGACAUGAUUCUGGUCUUUGCUUCUUAUGCUUUGAUUAUUCAUUCAGUACUGAGGCUGAACUCUGCUGAAGCAAUAGCUAAAGCCUUGAGUACCUGCAGCUCCCACCUUAUCCUCAUACUCUUUCUCUACACAGCUAUUAUUUUAAUAUCUGUCACUCAUCUAGCAGGAAGGAAGAUCCCCCUCAUCCCUGUUCUCCUCAAUGUUCUGCAUAUUGUCAUCCCUCCAGCCCUUAACCCCAUGGUGUAUGCCCUUAGGAUGCAGGAACUGAAAGUAGGCAUCCACAAAGUGCUUGGUUUGGGUGAAUACAUAUCCAGGAAGUAA